GAGCUUCCCGGCUUCUGGGCAGUGGGGAAGCCCCCGGGGGCGGGUGACCUCAGCUGGCCCCAGCCCAGCCCGCCCCCGUGCGGAUCUCUCUUAAGAUGGCAGCAGAGUCAGGGGAACUAAUCGGGGCUUGCGAGUUCAUGAAAGAUCGAUUGUAUUUUGCUACUUUAAGGAAUAGACCAAAAAGCACAGUAAAUACCCACUACUUCUCCAUCGAUGAGGAGCUGGUGUAUGAAAAUUUCUAUGCAGAUUUUGGACCUCUGAACUUGGCAAUGGUGUACAGAUACUGCUGUAAAGUAAACAAGAAACUAAAAUCAUACAGUUUAUCAAGAAAGAAAAUAGUGCAUUACACCUGUUUUGACCAACGGAAAAGAGCAAAUGCAGCAUUUUUGAUCGGUGCUUAUGCCGUCAUCUAUUUAAAGAAGACACCAGAAGAAGCCUACAGAGCACUCCUGUCUGGCUCAAAUCCCCCUUAUCUUCCAUUCAGGGAUGCUUCCUUUGGAAAUUGCACUUACAAUCUCACCAUCCUUGACUGCUUACAAGGAAUCAGAAAGGGAUUGCAACAUGGAUUUUUUGACUUUGAGACAUUUGAUGUGGAUGAAUAUGAACAUUAUGAGCGUGUUGAAAAUGGGGACUUCAACUGGAUCGUUCCAGGAAAAUUUUUAGCAUUUAGUGGACCACAUCCUAAAAGCAAAAUUGAAAAUGGUUACCCUCUUCACGCCCCUGAAGCCUACUUUCCUUAUUUCAAAAAGCAUAAUGUGACUGCAAUCGUGAGACUGAACAAAAAGAUUUAUGAGGCAAAGCGCUUCACAGACGCUGGCUUCGAGCACUACGACUUGUUCUUUAUCGAUGGCAGCACCCCCAGUGACAACAUCGUUCGAAGGUUCCUGAACAUCUGUGAGAACACCGAAGGGGCAAUUGCAGUCCACUGCAAAGCUGGUCUGGGAAGAACAGGGACGUUGAUAGCCUGUUAUGUAAUGAAGCACUACAGGUUUACCCAUGCUGAAAUCAUUGCUUGGAUUAGAAUCUGCCGACCAGGUUCCAUCAUCGGACCCCAGCAACACUUCUUAGAAGAAAAACAAGCAUCAUUGUGGGUCCAAGGAGACAUUUUUCAAUCCAAACUGAAAAAUAGGCCAUCCAGAGAAGGAAGUAUUAAUAAAAUUAUUUCUAGCUUGGAUGAUAUGUCUAUUGGUGGAAACUUACCUAAAUUGCAAAGCCUGGAGCGAUUUGUAGAGAGUAAUUUAGAAGAUGAAGAUGUGGAAAUGAAAAGCAGUGUAACACAGGGAGACAAACUACGUGCCUUAAAAAGCCAGAGACAGCCUCGCUCCUCACCAUCCUGUGCAUUUAGGUCAGAUGACAUGAAAGGACACCCAAGAGCAGUGUUCCAGCCUUUCAGAUUAAGUUCUUCCCUACAGUCACCCUCGUCUACUAUGAAGACCCCCAAAGUGUGUUUGUCCCCUUCGGCAACUGCCAAGCGGAUAAACAGAGGUUCAUUGUCUUCAGGUGCCAGUAUGAGAAGCUUCUCCAUAAGCUCCCGGCUAGCCAGUUCUCUGGGGAACUUGAAUGCUGUGACAGAUGACCCUGAGAACAAAAAGACCGCCUCAUCCACCAAGGCAACCUUCAUAACCAGCCCGUUCACCAGCUUCUUGAAUGGCGGCUCCCAGCCACCUACCAGAAAUUACCCUGAGCUUAACAACAACCAGCACACCAGAAGCAGCAGCAGUAGCAGUGUUCUUGGGGGCAACCUGAACAGCCCCCCUGGACCCCUGAGCGCCACAUCUGAGGAACACACCACUAUCCUCAGACCCUCCUUCUCCGGGGGGCUCUCCUCCUCUUCAGCCAGAUUCCUGAGCCGUUCCAUCCCUUCCCUUCAGUCUGAAUAUGUUCAUUACUAAGGCCUUGCCACUCUGGUGAAAGCCGUUCCAUUCUUAGACAUCUGGACGAGCAAUGUGGAAGAAAGCUCCGGCUUGCUGGGAGGACGACUCUACCUUCUUACCUUAAAUUAGAGAGAGCGCUAACAUAACAUCAUUAAGAGACUUGAACCCAGAGCACUGGUUAAUGAGUACUAUAAAUGCACUGCAGUUACGUUUAUGGAGAUUUCAGUACUUUUAAAGACAGUUUUAGUGUUGAAUUUGGUAUUUUAAAAGGUUAUUUUUAAUGUAUUUCAGUAAUGCAUUUGUUAUUGCAUUUACAUGUACAGUGUUAAAUUAUCUAUGUAUUGUGAGGUUUAUAAAACUAUUUUGAUAAAUUUAUAAAUAUAUAAAAUUAUGUAAAAGCUAGACUAUAUUUUGAUUUAGAUUUUUCUGCCGUUUGUUACCAAAAAUUUGUAUUUUAAAUCUGUUUAGUUUUGGUAUGGUUUUGUCUACAAUAAGUAAAUAAUGCCUCCUUAUUAAUUGAAAGCAAAAGAGACCAGUUUUAGGCAAUGAUUUUUAUGCUCCCAUUGUGGAUACAAUAUAUCAGGGAUCAUCUGGUGAAGUCCAUCUGAAUUUGAGUUCAUCCAAAUUUGUCUCUACCGAAAGAAUUGUUUCAUAGGGCUUAUUUAGGACAAAACCUUUCCACUCUGUUUUGUUCCUGAGCCUUCAAAAGUAGGCAGCUUAAUAAAACGAGCUUAGCAUCUCUUUAAGAUCAGAAUUCACUGGGUAUUUUUCCUUUUUUUCUAUAUGAAAUGAUGGAACAUUCCAAAUGCUUUUAUUUCUUUCCUCCUCUCACAAGAGCGCUUUUGUUUUAAUGCCUUAAACCAUUUAUUUUGCUUAUAAUCUCUUCUUGUAAAUAUGCAGAGAAAGGAUACGUAUUUCAAAAUUGAUGUCUAUGCUUGGUAAGAGCUCUCUCAGUAAAUGUACAAUAAUGCUCUCAAUGACCAAAAAGCACUUCAAGAGUUAUUAACUCAGAGCAUUCUGCUUUUGGUAUGAGGUGAUUGUUGCCCUGUAAGCACAUGUGGUCUGACACUCAUUCUAAAUCAAUGAAAGAAAAGCUGGAAAAGAUGCUGCUAAGUUGAUCUGUACAUUGGAGAUUGUUUUAAAAACACAGUACAACCCCCUGAUGUACACAUUGGUGUAUCUAGAACCUGAAGAGAAAAUGAAGGGUCCCCUGUGGAUACACAUGGCCCUUUCAUCUAAGUAUACCCUGUACUGAGGUGUUCAAAGGCCUGUGUCCUUCAUUUUUGUACUGGAGAGUCUCAGUUCCUGAUUCUUUGCCAGGCUGCUUAAGAAUAGACACUGCAAGGGCUGGUUAAGUAGAUUCAUACCCAGUGCUUUAUUCUAACCACUGAGAUAUUUAUAACAUAUUUAUUAGGAGGGGGUACCUUCAGACGAUUAUAUAUGCUUCAGCAAGACACCUUAUUCAUGUUUUACAUUUCUCUGAAGGCAUUUGAAUGUUUGACUCAGGUUUGUUAACAUAACUCCCAUAACCACAGUACCAAAUAAUUGCACAAGACUGAUGGAAAAAGGAAUUGUAUAUUUUAGGAAUCAAAAAUGAAAAUAAAAAAUUGAAUUGUGUAUCUUUUCUGAAGCUGAAAAGUAUAAUAUUUUAUUAUGAGUUAUUAUAAAGAAGUUGGUUGUCUGUAUAGGAAGAUGAUACUAUUUGUCCAAUUUUCAUUGAAAAUAAUCCAGAAGAUACUUGAGAUGUAAGGAAAAGAGAACCAUACUGUCAUUCUAGUUGUUCUAUGAACACUAACUUGUGUGCAGCUACUAAUAUGAUUGUAAAGUUGACUACUGUAAAUUUUCCGUAAUUAGGUGUGUAUAUAAGUCCUGUGUAUCUACAUGUGUAUGUCUUAAGCUUAUUUAUACACAUGUGUAUACAUAAGGCACAAGAAGGGGUUGUGUAUAAUAUAGAGAGUGUAUAGCAAAGCAAUUCUACUCCAGUAAUAAAAAUUGUUUGACAUGUAUUUUGUUAUGAAUAGUUUAUCUUCCAGAAGAUAUUUUGUUCUAUUUUAAAGUGUAGAAGAAUACACUGCUAAUAAAUAAUAA